GCUCUGCUGGGCGGGUCUGUGCCGGCUCCGCGGGCCGCCGAGCGAGGGGAUUCCAGUGCAGGGCACUCCUGAGCAGGAUUGGCUAUUGCAGGUGUGACAGUGGCUGGCAUGGAGAAAUGGAUGAAUCCCAUCCCUUGGGACACAAGAACUAGGAGAGUACCAAAUAUUGCUUGCAGGAGCUAACCCACAGCAAAACCAGGUGUGCCCAGCAUGUCUGCCCUGGCAGAGGAGGACAGGCCGCUUGCAGAGCUGCUGCUGGCGGCCGGCACGUGCCCGCGCUGCGUGCUGCGCUUCUGCUGCGUGGGCUCCCAGCUGCUCUACAGACACCCAGCCCAGGAUCUGCUGAAGCAUCUGCAGGAAUUUCUGAAGACCAGCCAGGAGAAGGAAGGCACAGGGUGUUUGGAUGUGGCUGACCCACCCUGUAAGAGAAUCAGGCUUGAGCACAGCAGGGAGGAAGGUGCUGAUGGUGUGACCCACAACGGGGCUGUCCCCCAGCUUCCCUCAGCUGGGAGUGCUGCCACGGAGAGCUCGCCUGGCAAGGUCUGCAACGUGUGCCUGGGGAUCCUCCAGGAGUUCUGCGAGGCUGACUUUGUUAAAAAGGUGUGCCAAAAGGUUAAUUCUGCUGACUACCAGUUCACCAGUUUUGUGUUUUCUGUGUCACUGCCCCCACAGCUGUCUGUCAGGGAGCGUGCUGCUUGGCUGGGGGUGAAGCAGCAGAUGAGAAAUCUGGGCCUUCCCUUGGCAAAGGAUGACAUCGUUCAGCUGAAGGAAGCUUAUAAGUGGAUUAUUCAUCCCCAGCUGUCAGAAGAGUUGGGUGUUCCUGCUGAUGGAAAGAGUUUGUUUGAAGUUAGCGUGGUCUUUGCUCACCCAGAAACAGACGAGGAGUGCCAUUUCCUAGCCACAGCCUGCCCAGACUGUUUCAAACCAGCGAAGAACAAACAGUCUGUUUUCACCAGAAUGGCAGUUAUAAAAGCCCUGGAGAGGAUAAAAGAAGAGGAUUUUCUCAAGCAUUUUCCAUGUCCCCCAAGUCCACCAAAGAAGCUCUGUGAUGCUCUGGAAAUUCAGUGCAAUAACGGUGCAGUUUUUGUGGCUGGAAGAUACAACAAAUAUUCCAGGAAUUUACCUCAGACUCCCUGGAUUAUCGAUGGGGAGCGGAAGCUGGAAUCUUCAGUGGAGGAAUUAAUUUCAGAGCAUCUGAUGGCAGAAUUCAAGGCAGACAGCUUUAAUUUUAGUUCCUCUGGAAGAGAAGAUGUGGAUGUAAGGACAUUGGGCAAUGGCAGGCCCUUUGCCAUGGAGCUGCUGAAUCCCCGCAGGAUCCGCUUCAGCGCCGAGGAGAUGAAGAGGCUGCAGCAGGCAAUUAAUGACUCUUCAGACAAAAUACAGGUUCGAGAUUUGCAGCUUGUCACCAGAGAGGCAAUUGGUCGUAUGAAGGAAGGUGAGGAGGAGAAGACAAAGACCUACAGUGCCUUGAUAUGGACAGACAGAGCAAUUCAGAGAGAAGACAUCGCGUUUCUGGAUGAUAUCAAGGAGCUGAGGCUGGAGCAGAAGACCCCUCUGCGGGUGCUGCACCGGCGGCCGCUGGCCGUGCGCUGCCGGCUCAUCCACAGCAUGAGCUGCGAGUACCUGGACGAGCACCACUUCCGCCUGCGCCUCAGGAGCCAGGCAGGGACCUACAUUAAAGAGUUUGUGCACGGAGACUUCGGGAGAACAAAGCCCAACAUUGGGUCCCUUCUGAACAGAACUGCUGACAUUCUGGAGCUGGAUGUGGAAUCUGUGGAUGUUGACUGGCCUCCAACCCUGGCUGAUUAACUUCUGGAGCUGGGAUGAGGAAGCAGCAGCUCCCUGGCAGCAGCUGGUGACCAGACACUGUGCAGGAUCUGUUACAGCCCGGUGCCAAGGGUGUCCCUGGAAUGCUGGGAUCAUGUUGAUCUGCCACAGGAUACCCUUGGGCUCCACUUUACACUCAGGACCAGGUAGUGCUGGUUCAAUCUCUAGCCUUACUUUUAUUUCUUCUGUACAUAAAAAGAUUUCGGGGAGCCAGUGUAUAUAACUCCCCAUGCAGCCAGGUUUUAUUUUAAACUCUUUUGCUAUUGGAUACCACAGCUUUCCUUGUGUGGUUGCAGGUAACACUGAGUUACCUGAAACCCACUCCCCACUUUUUCUGAGCAGUUCAUGCAGGAAAUCCCAAAGUCCAGGCAGACUGCAGCCAGCAGGACAGUGCCUGCAGCAAGUUUCCCUGAGACACUGCUUUUUUUUUGGGUUUUUUUUGUCAGUGGCAGUAGAAAGGAGCAGAUUUGUCUCUCAGAGUGCUUUUCAAAGGGAAAAAAAAAAGUUUUCAGAGGAGAACUUUGCACUUAAAGCCAAGUUUUUUCAUUUAAAAACGUUGGGGAUGCUUCCUAGAAACAAGAGUUGAGGCCUCCUCAGACUUCUUGAGGAGUAGGAAUUCCCCAGUGAGUCACAAUAUACAGAAAGUCUGGGAACUCCUGGCAGUGGUGCGUGAUGGGAAUCUAAAGAAAAACAGGAACACCAAGAAUGUCAACGUGCAGGCAGAAACAAAAGGUACCACAGGGUGCUGGUAUCAAGAGAGAAGAGAGAUAAAAAGCUGUGACUUAGCAGCAUAAUACAUUCUUUCUUGUUCCUCACCUUGGAUGGAUGCCUGGGAGAGCUGAACACAGCCUAGGAACUUGCCUGGAAUAGGGAAGAUCUGAGGUUUUCUUUGGUUAUUUUAAAUAUUUCCUACUAAGCACCACCAACAUCUUUAGGAAGUAAUUAUUUAUACCAGCAUCAUGUUAAUCCAUUAGGGAGGUGCUUCCCUGAAGUACAGAAGAGAGUGAAAUUAUCAACAAGAAAUUAAGGUUUGGAAUUUCAGAGCUCUUUGUUAACAUUUUGGGGACAGAGAGGGUAACAUCUGCCAAGACAAGCCACUGUCUGGGGACAGGGAGGGUGACUGGGAUGUCUUCCCUUCAUGGAACAGCUCCAUGAGAGCUUGAGCUGGAGGCUCUAAAAUGUUAAUAAAUACAUUUUUAAGGAGCUCUUUUAAGGCUAUGCCUGUGCUGGGCUGUCAGAACUUGUGUCUCUAACGUAAGUAAUUCAGGAGCUCCUGUUUUUCUAACACAAAACUUUGAUUCAGACAGAAAUACUAUUUUUGGUUUUAAUAUUAAAGCUCUUAUGAGCAACAGAUUCCAUGAGUAGUUCUCAGAUAAUAAUCUGCAGCUAGGAAGGAAAUGUCAUUAAUGAUGGAAAACUCAAGAAACUGAAUUCAGAAAACAAAAGAGAAUUUCUUAUCUGCGUGAUUUCUUAAAACUCACAGUGAGCUAAAAUACGAUUUAUAAAUUCCAUAAUCUGCAAGGGAAAGGAAAAAUGUAAACAAGACUGUGCUCUCUGGACACAACAGGCAUGGGAAGAGCUGUUCCAAGGGAAAUGGAGCCAGAAGGGGGAGAGGGAGAGGGCUGCUGCAGUAGUGCCAAGGACACACACGGCUCUUCCCUCUGCAGCUCCUGCUGCA